AUGCAGCCAACGCACAUAGAGCGCGCAUUUUCACAAGUCCCACCUUUGAACACUCAAGCACUAGGCCAGAUGGCAGGCCCAAAUGACUUAGCAUACGACGCACACUCUCCACAGUCCACCGGUUCCCCUGAACCACCAUCUGGAGUUUUGACAGAUGCGGAAGCAAAGCUGUGGGAACUCGUAAUCGCAAUUCAUGGUGUGCAAACGCGGUUUAAUCGACCCGUUGUCGUCAACGGCUCAGGCCCGAAUGCGAAUGCAAACUCGGGGAUAAACGGUAUUAACGGAAGUGCUGGAGGAGCAGGAGCGGGUUUCGGUGGAGUGAAUGGAUGGCUUCUGGAAAUCAGCUCAAUCUGGCCGAGCCAAUAUCCAAAGUCAAGCGAUAGUACAAAAAUGAUGGAAGCCGUCGAGGAUCUGGAUAACACACAUCACCCUGGCCAUGUACUCAAGGAGCGUAUUGAGGCUGUAUCGCUGGAAAACGCAUUCCUGAACGGCAAAAUAGCCGCAAUCAGUAGUUUUCGCGACCUAUUGGGGGAUGCUCUGGCGGAUGCUUUUCCUGAGCUAUCUGGGCUUCGAAGUCAUCCGCCAGCUGGAGCAAAUCGAGCGACCUCUGUACCAGCAACUGCACCGCAUAACUCGUCUACACCGGUUAUGAUUAAACAGGAAGAGCACUGA